GUUUUUGGCUGCACCCGCCGCCCUCGUGUGGAAGGAACCGCGAGGACGCCGGCCGGCUGCCGCCGCGCGGCGCACGCACCGAACCCUCGGAUUUACGAAAAAGGGCUGCCGCCUCGACCAGAAGUAAUAAGGGGCUGCCCACAACCUUAAACAACCAUGUCCUACCGCGAGCUGCGCAACUUCGCGGAGAUGAUGCGCGCGCUCGGCUACCAGCGGUUAGUGUCUGUCGAGAACUUCCGCUCGCCGAACUUUCCCCUUGUCGCGUCGACCUUGUACUGGAUGGUCCAGCGCUACGACCCCGAUAUAGUUAUGUCCGACAACAUCGAGACGGAGGAGGCUAGGGUCCACUUCCUGACGAAGACGGCCGAGGCUUUGCUUAAUAAAGCCAAUAUCAAGCUCAAUACGAAGAACUUGUACAUGGCGGACGGGCACGCGGUGCGGGAAUUGCUCAAAGUAGCAAAAACACUGUAUGCCGCUAGCGAGGCCCAGGAGGCCUACAAGGCCGGGGAAGAGUUACCGGACGUGCCUUCCUUGGGUACGAAAUCCAAGGACAUUCGCGUGGCUCGUCAGUUAGCGGCGGACAUUACCGAUCGGGGCGCUAGGUUGCAUGACUUACUGGGCCACGAGAACGACGUGAAGCAGGAUCGGCAGGCCGCUCUGCGGUUUCUGGAUACUAUUUCUUCUAAUUUGGAUGGCGGGGAACACGCUCAUGUGAGAAGAAGUGUCGAUGCCUUAGUAGAGCGGUGCAAGGAGGACAUUGAGAGCGCAAAGAAGGCCUGCGACGAGUACGCCGCCGACGAACGUGCCCUCGACGCGAAAAUCAAGAAGAAGAAGAACGAGUUGGAGCCUGUGUGGAAAUCAACCAGUGCAUCGGGUGCUGAGGGACUGGCAUCGCCACGCCAUCGAGCAGGCGUCGCGCCGAUGGCGUGGAGGACGUCGCGAUGAUUCAAAGCACGCGCCGUAAAAUUUUGAUUUCCACACAGGUUGGAGCGCCACGAGAAAAGACUCUCGAGUCUGCAGAACGUGCGGCCGGCGUUCAUGGACGAGUACGAGAAGUUGGAGGGCGAAUUGCAGAAGCAGUACUCCGUGUAUCUUGAGAGAUUUAGGAACCUGGACUAUUUACAAGCUGAAUUACAAACGUAUCAUGCCGCGGACAAGGCGGAGGUCGACGAGCACGAUAGGAACCUGAAGAGGAUGCAGAAGAGAUUGCGGGAGGAGGAGUUGCGCAUCUUGCGAGGCGAGCAGGAACCGGUCGGAAGCGAAGCGUCCAAAAAAAUGAUGGACGACCAGCCGCGGCCGACGCAGGCGCGGCCCUCCCAGCGGUCGCAGAGGCCGCGCGACCUGGAUUCGAGCGAGGACAUCGAUAGUGAUGAGAUCUCGCGGGACUCGGACUCCGAUAGCGUGUCCUUGGCGGCGUCGUCGGGCGCGGGCUCGGGCAUCGACGAGCUCGACGACGACGAUUCCGGGGAUUCGCUAUCGGACGACGGCGCGUCGUCGCGGGACUUCUCGGGGUCGGCCUCGGAUGACUUCUGAGGUGGCUAACUUCUUUUGCUAGU